CCGGUUUAAUGGCGGCUGAGGUCAGUCGCUGUUUCUUAGCUCCUGUGUUAUCGGUGAUUUUGAUACGGAUUUCAGUGGAGAAAAGUGGUUGUAAGUGGUGGUAAGAGGUAUCAUUCGUAUACUCAAGUAAGUUUUGAUAUUUUUGUUGUAAUUUGUGCACUGUAUACUGUCUUUUCUACUGUCUGCAUAAUUUUUUCUUCUCAGUGAACCUUGCUUCGAGCACGGUUUCAUUGUUGUUUUUUCUAUUCCUUCUCGCCUGGCUAUCGCGCUGUGUUUUUUUCACUCCCUAUCUCACUCUUACUCUUACUUGUUCUUUUCUGUAUCCUGAUAUUACAGUUUCCUUGUUUUAAUCAUUCUUCUUAGGAAUAACCGUCUACUGCUAAGUGAACAUGAUGGCAAAAAAUAACAGUGAAUCUGUCCCAGCCUGUUUUUUCUUUGCAGAGCAUAUUGACCGCUCUGUCACAGGCUACCAAAUAUGUAAGGCCUGUGAGCAAGUUGUCGGCGAGGGAAGUAUUAUCGGAGCCCAAAAGCUCUAUGGACUGUGGAGGAUAUACCCUGCUACGGUUCAGGCAAGAAACCAACUAAUCAUUAAGGGCAUCAUAAUUAACAAAAUGUUUGUCGCUAUCCUCAGCGCCAGCCCGACGGUGACGAAAGGAACCAAGGACUCCCCCACAUUGAAAGUCAUCAUUGGUAACAUACCGUUGUCAGUGUCCAAUGAUGAAAUAGGAAAAGAGUUUAAGAAACUAGAGGGAGUGGCCAUUCUUUCAAAGUUUUAUGAAGAAUGUUAUAGGGACAACGAAGGAAAGUUGACCUUGUUUAAAUCUGGUAGACGUUUUGUCUACAUUAAUGUCCCCCCUCACCCUCUCCCCAAAGAUUUUCAGGUUGGACACUGGAGGCCAACGUUGUAUCACUACGGCCAGAAAGAAAAAAAAGAGACGAUGGGACCAAUACAACCGGUGGAGAUCAGCCCGCCCCCGACACCAAUGUUCAAGCGACAAUCCGUGAGGCUAACGCUGACACACAGGCGGAGACACAGGCAGAGACACACACCCUGCGUGCUGUAAGGCAAACAAAUAUGGACUCUUUUUUCCCGCAGCCUGACCGCUCCCGCCCCCCAGUACGCUCACCCCGAAGCCAGGACACAAGGUCUCCAAGUGUCAAGACGAGGAGACAUAAAAGACAGGUGAGCGACGAGCCAGCUCGGUCACCGAGCGUGAAAGCUCGAAAACAGGAGGUGAGUGGCACGAGAAAAAGGCAAGAUACGGUAGAUUAUUUUGAUUAUGAGGAGCCAGUGACUACCGAAACGUGUGAGCACGAAGAGGUCGGUGCGUGAGUGGUGUGUCCACGUUUCGGUAGCCAUUGGUAACGACUUGGACAGGUAAAAGGACUUUGAGUUUGGUUUUGCGUCUGACUGUUUUGGAUGUCUAUAAAAAUUGCCUCCCUUAAUUGUCGGGGCCUCAACAAAAAACUAAAAAGAAGAGCAAUAUUCCGUAAAUGUACACAGUAUGACAUAAUUUGUUUGCAAGAGACUUAUGUCACCAAUACUACUGCACGUGAGUGGAGUUUAGAAUGGUCUGGGGAUUUCUUUUAUAGUGAAGGGACAAACAAAAGCAAAGGGCAAAUUAUAUUAGUUAAUAAACACUUUAAGUAUAAAACAGUGGAAUUAUGUAUAAAAACUGAGAGAAUACUUGGGUUGUCUUUCAGUAUUGAUGAUGUUUCAUACGUAGCAAUUAAUGUAUAUGGUCCAGUAGUUAAAAAUGAUAAAUUGGAUUUCAUUGAUAAGCUCUACUCUGUUCUUAAAGAUGAAAAGGCAGACCACACGAUCAUAUGUGGAGAUUUCAAUGUUGUUCAUAACAAUACCCUUGAUAUUGUGACAGGAGAGAAACACGACGACAUGUCCACACAAAAAUUCAGGGACUGGAUCGCCAACUGUCAGAUCGUUGAUACCUGGCGGGGUGUGCACGGUGAAGAAAAGGAUUUCACCUGGUCCAGGCCUACACCCUUUACAGCACGGCGGCUGGACUACAUAUUUUGUAAUACUAAGUUAUUUCCCUUUGUUAUAGACUCUAAACACACAUUUGUAUAUGGUACGGAUCAUAAAGCAGUCAUAACUACUGUUCGAACUGAACAAUUUAAAAGGGGGCCUUCAUACUGGAAAUUUAAUAAUUCAUUACUAAAAGACAAAGAGUACGUUAACUCAAUGGAGAAAUGCAUAGACGAAUAUUUAGAACGGACUUUAGAUGAAACAGAUAAAACCAUAAGAUGGGAACUUUUGAAAGUCAUGAUAAAGUCACAUACAAUUGACUAUUGUAUUAGAAAGUGCAGAGCACUCAAACUAAGGGAAAUUCUAAUAACGGAAGAACUUUUGAAAUUAAAUGAUCAAGUAGUGAAAACCCCCCAUGACCUUACAUUGCUUAAACAGUUUGAAGCCAAAAAGAAAGAAUUAGAAAUAUAUCAACUACAUAAGGCCAGGGGAGCACAAAUACGAUCAAGACAAAAAUGGAUUGAGGAAGGGGAAAAGAAUACGAAAUACUUUCUUCGGAUGGAACAAAUGAGAGGUGGUAGUAAUGUUAUAACUUCUUUACAGGAUGACAAAAACAACAAUCUGUAUGGUCAUGUAGAUAUUGUGGAUAGCAUUAAAAAUCACUUUGAACGUUUAUAUAAGAAAGACCAUAAUAUUGAAACAAACAAAGUUGAUGAUUUCAUGCAAGGAUGUAGCUUUCCAGUACUCGAUGAUGUUGAUAAAGAAAUAUGUGAUAGCGAACUAAGCAUUGUUGAAUUAGAUGCCAUUGUUAAUAAGUUGAAUAUUGAUUCAGCACCUGGAAUCGAUGGAAUUACCACCCCUUUUUACAAAUUUUUCUGGAGCAAACUGAGGAAACCUUUAUUUACAAACUUCCAGCAGUGUCUAGAGACGGGAGAGUUAUCUCCCACUCAAAGAAGAGGCGUUAUUUCUUUAUUACAUAAAGGGAAAAAUUUACGAAGGGACAAUAUAAAGAACUGGAGACCGAUAACGUUAACAAACACGGACUACAAAAUCUUCUCCAAAAUAUUAGCUAUACGGCUACAGCGUGUUAUGCCAAUUUUAAUAAAUGAAAACCAAACUGGCUUCUUGAAAGGCAGGUCCAUUUCGGAGCACAUUAGGACACUUGACGACAUUAUCUACGUAGCAUCUGAAAAAAAUCUACCAGGUAUGGUGGUAUCUCUGGAUUUUCAACGCGCAUUCGACACUGUAGAAAAGGGAACAAUAUUGGCCACAUUGAAAAAGUUUAACUUUGGAGAAGGAUUUAUAAAUAUGGUGGGAGUUUUAAUGGCUAACACAGAAUGUUGUGUACAAAAUGGGGGAUGGUUGUCAGAAUGGCUCAACACAGAGCGAGGAAUAAAACAAGGUUGCUGCACAAGUCCACUUCUUUUUGUACUUGUUGCUGAGUUGAUGUCAAUAAAGUUAAGAAACAAUAGCAGCAUAUCUGGAAUGAGCACAAUUUUGUCAGGGGAAAUAAUUAAUUUUUGCAAAGUUUUGCAGUAUGCUGAUGACACCACUCUGAUUCUAAAAGACCAAGAAGACCUUGCUUCAGCCUUGUUGGACAUCGAUUCUUUUGGUAGCAUCUCUGGGCUCAGGCUGAACAAGGAUAAAUCACAAGUGAACGAGGGCAAGGUGUAACAGAAGCCCAGUUAAACAUCGCUAACCACAUUCUUUUGAUCGCAAAGAUGUGUGUUAGCAAGUUACGCUACAGCAAAGCGACAAAUAUACAAAUCUUGUUUGAAUCGGAGCUGGAGCUGAGAGAAAGUAGGUGGUCGUAAAGCUCAUCGAUAGCACCUGCGGUGGUAAGAUAAAAUAUAUAUAUAUAUAAAUAUCCUGUUUCCAGCAGCUCAUAUCUGAAAGAAACGGAUGGGAAAAGUGUGGUUUUACU